ACUCCGCCUAGCAUGCGCGAAGAUAGGUGAAAGACUGUAACAUUCCUAUGAAAGGUAAUUUUAUAGUAGUGGAAUUUAAAAAUUAUAAACAAGACUAGUAAUACUACACAAGUGACUCUUCAGGAAUUAAUAUCGGUGGUAACGUAUUAGAAAAAUUCAGUUCUUAGAAGUGUAUUAGUUAAUAUAUAUAUAUACUAGAUUCAUAACCUAAAUCUGUCAGAUAUUCAAAUCAUUUAUUUAUGAAAAAAAAAAAACAAAAGAAAAUAGAAAACAUGUUAUAGAAAUAACAACGAUUUAAGAAAACAUUAUAAGAAGAUACGAAAAUAAAAACCAUCAAAAAUAAUUGAUCUUCAAUGGACAGUGAAAAACAGAAGGAUGAAAUUACUGCUCUGGAAAGCAUCUACAACAAGGAAGAAUUUUCAUAUUACAAUGAAGAUAAACUUUAUCAAUGUAAUUUUAAGAUAUUUAUAAAUCUUCCUGUAGGAUAUUAUUUUACAUAUAGCGAUAACAGAUAUCGGGAACAACCAGCAGAGAAAGUAGAGAUAUCACAUUUACCACCAUUAUCGUUAUAUGUUACUUUAUCAGAAAAUUAUCCUUCCAAUUCACCACCUAUGUUUACAUUAUGCACAUCUUGGUUAUGUCAAGCACCAUUGUCUAAAUUAUGCAGAAAGUUAGAUAGUUUAUGGGAAGAAAAUAAAGGCCAGGAGAUAUUAUUUGUAUGGAUUGGAUUUUUACAACAUGAAACUUUACAAUUCUUAAAUAUAGAACAAUGUAUUAGUAUGAACUAUAUCUAUACAUCUUAUAAAAUAGCUUUGGAAAAAGCACAAAAUUUUCAGAAACAUAUAGAAGAACAGAGUUCUCAAAAACAUUUAGAAGAGCACGAAGCGAUAGAGACUAUUGCUAAAGAUACAAGUAGUAAGAGGAGUAGUAGUAAUAAAAAUAGUGAGAAGGAAUUGCAGAGGCAACGUUAUAAAGAAAGAAAACCUAAAAAAAUAGAUAAAAGAGCUUUUUCUGAUUGUCCUUUUGGAAAAAAUCCAAUUCAGUUUUUAAUAGAUUACAAUGAAAAACGUAAUCAUAUUGAAUUUAAUAAAAGUUUGUAUACCUGCAAAAUAUGUUUUACAGAUAAGUUAGGAGAACAUUGUAUUAAAUUUUUACCGUGUUCUCACAUAUUUUGUAAAAAUUGCAUCAGUGAUUAUUUAGAAAUUAAGAUUAAGGAUGGAAGUGUACAAAAUAUAUCUUGCCCCGAAGAAAAAUGUACUUCCGAGGCAACACCUGGACAAAUUAAAGAUUUGGUUAGUCCAGAAAUGUUUGCCAAAUAUGAUUCUAUAUUAUUAAAUGUUACAUUAGAUACUAUGUCAGAUAUAAUUUACUGUCCAAGACGUCAUUGUCAGUACCCUGUCAGUCGUGAUCUUAACGAAGAAAUGGCAAAUUGUCCUGCUUGUCAAUAUGUAUUUUGUGUCUAUUGUAAAAUGGUGUAUCAUGGAAUAGAACCAUGUAAAGUGAAUUCAGCUGAAAAGCAGCAGUUAGUAAAAGAAUAUCAAGCUGCUUCAGACAAUACUAGGCUUCAAAUGGAAACAAAAUAUGGUAAAAGACAACUACAAAUGUUAGUAGAAAAUACAAUGUCAGAAAAUUGGAUCGAUGUAAAUAGUCGGCAUUGCCCUCGUUGUAACGCUGCUAUUGAGAAAUCUGAUGGUUGUAAUAAAAUGACUUGUUGGAAGUGCAAUACAUAUUUCUGUUGGUUAUGUGGAAGAAAAUUAAAUUCCCAAACACCAUAUUUGCACUUCCGUGAUCCAGGAUCCCAAUGCUUUAAUAUGCUAUACCAUGGCUUAAUACCAAAUGAAGACGACGAAGAGGAUGAUUUUCUACUUCCUGGAAUAUAUGAUUUAGACGACAAUAUUCCAGAUUUUUCUGAUGAUGACAAUUAUGACGAUGAUGGUUUCCUUAUUGAAUAUUAAAGUUUAUUAUUGAGUUUAAAUAAUACUAUGAAAACAAAAGUAAAUUUAUUUAUUUAAGAACUUCUUAAAAUUAUAUAUAUUUUAUUAUUAUAUUUCGAUGUGAUUUCUUUCUACUUAAAAUUAUUUUUAUAUUAUUUCAUUAUAAUAAGUAGAUAUGAUGAAAUCAACAAAAUGCUUGCACUGACAUAUUGUAUAAUUUGUUUCGUAGGAUAAAUAUUUAGCUUUUGUCAAAUGUAUGACAAACAUUAAAAACGGUUUGUUAAUUCCUAAAUAAAACUAUAAUUACUGAUUUUA